AUGCCCAAGGAGGAAGAGCCAACUCUGCCCCGGCAGCAGGCAGAGCAUGGGGGCAGCAGUGGGCUCGGGGCAGCUCUCCCUGGGACGGGAGACGGCGCUGGUGGCAGCGACCGCUUCCUCGAGAGGACGUUGAGCAGCGCCGCGCCUUCGUGCCAAGAGCCGCCGCCGGCGGCGGCGGCCUUCGCGGGGGGCCCGGUCUGCGCCCCGCCCUGGGCAGCCCACUCGACGUCAGCGGCGGCGAAGGUUGCCCCGGAGACGUGGCUCGACUCGGUCUGGGCCGCCGCCGCCGGUCUCCUGGACGACGACGACGACGACGAGCCGCCCGAGGGAGCGGCGGCAGCAGCAGCAGCAGCAGCAGCCGGAGACCAGUCCUACUACCUGGAUUUCCCCCCUCGAGAUGACGCAGGCCCUGGAGAUCAGCUCUCUGUGCAGCUCUACAGGAACAAACAGCUCCAGGACACCCUGCUGCAGAAGGAGGAGGAGCUGGCCAGGCUGCAGGAGGAGAACAACCACUUGCGGCUCUUCCUGAAUUCCACCCUGGUCAAGCAGCUGGAGGAAAAGACCAAGAAGCUUCUCUGGCAGAAGAGCCGGAAACCUCGAGAUGCCUUCAAAAGCGGCAAGAGGCGACGGAGAGCCGAAAGGCCUCCUCUUCCUCGUGAGGCUUCACACCCGCAAAAGGCCCGGCGGAACCUUCUCGGCGCUUUCUCUGCCUGCGAAGAAGAGCAGCCUGGUCCCCACGUAGACAGCUGGGUCCUUCAGACGCUGGGGCUGAAAGACAUCGACACGAUUGAUGAGUCUCCUUCAGCGAACUACAACGCCUUGACCUUGGACCUUGAGCCAAGCUCUUUCUUCCAUGGCCCAGCUGGACCCACAGACUUGGGGGCCAAAGAUGGCCAGCCGGCUGCUUACAGGCGUGGUGCUCCGCCCCCGGCGGACAGCGCUGCCGCCGACGCAAGGAACGAGCCGUUGCCCCCCACCCCACAGCUCCCCUCUGUGCAUCGCCUUCCAUCCUUGCCACGGAGCCCCCCUGCCUGCUUGGCUCCAUGCGCCUUGCCCUGCUGCUCUGAGGACCUUCCGCCAGCCCAGAUGGACAUGGCCUUCACAGCCUCCCUCAGCCCCCACUGCAACGUGAAAACCCACACCUUCCGCCAGGGGCAGGCUUUCGUGCGCAGAGAUGAGGACGGUGGGUGGAAGCUGACCUGGGUCCCCAAGCAGCCUGAGUGAAGGAGCCGUGCCCCCCCCAGCCUCCGCCCACCCCCACCCCCCACUGCCAGCAAAUGAUGUGUUUACAGACAGACAGCCAGUCCAGAGUGGUGAACAAUCCAGACCAUUUUGCACUUCUUUUGAGAAUGGAAGGGUUGUGAGUUCGUCUGGGGUUUGCAUAUGCAACUAGGGACAGGAGCAGAAGUCCACUUCGCCCAGCCCCCAGGUUCAAGGCAGGCCUGCCCAUUCACUAGAUCGCCACAGAUCAAGGCCAGCAAUCAGAGUGACAAGGUGCUCCAAGCUGAGAGCAGGGGGAUGCUAGAAAGGGGCUGGCCGAAAAGCACGGGCCAAGCCACGUAAUCCAUGCGGAGGAUCGGGAACCCUUAAUAUUAGCCACUCUCUUGCUCCUGAGUCGUCCUGACCAGUCAUUCCAGAGGAGAGUUUGUUUCUGGGGAGUCAUCACUGGUUAAUUGGUAUUUAAAAGCUUCUGGAACUCAAGUCAGCUUGGAAGCUUUGUCAUCUGACUUGAAGGCUUGCCCCAGACUGCAGCUUACUCAGCGGGUGAAGAAAAUCCAUUUUGCACAUGCUCAGAGGCACUCUCUUCUUUAUCACUGCCUGUUGAGCAGUCUAAACAGGUUCCAGGGCUCAGCACUGCCGAUCCAUGGGACAGAUUAGCUUUACCAGCUGCACACAGUGGAUGCUGUCUGCUGUAGCUGCUGCUGUUGGCAUGUUAAUUACAGAGCAUGAGAAGUGCAGGUUUAGCAAAAAUUAUCCUUAACAUUGAGUGCACUUUCCCUUUGGCUGCCUGAAGAAGAGCUCUGUGGGGCUCGAAAACCUGCCAACACACUCCUACAAUGAAGAGCUCCUCCAAUUGAAGGAAUAGUUUCUCCAGCUUUGUAAGUCCACUUCACACCUACUUCCGGCUGUCAACCCAAACCUGCCUUAGUCCUUCUUUGCUUUGUCAUGAUUUGAUGGACCCCUUCCAUCCAGAACUGUGCCUUCCUCUUCCAGGCCCAUGAUGCAGCAAUCCACGGGAAGGAGAGCAGAGACAUUUUCUUAAAGACCAUCUCUGACAUGGCCAUUCGAUGAAGGACUGAGACCAGGACUCGGACAGAGGAGUAGAGGGCUGGGUGACUUGGCCAUUUAGGACGCGGGGACCCUGGAGCUGGGUCGCUGCUUCUGGAGAGGGACCCUCCUCCAGUCAGUCUGCGGGCAGUUCCAGUGCCAUUCCCGUGGGCCCGUUGGCUGCUGCUGCCAAUGUCAACGUCCCCAUGCCAGGUCUCCUCCCAGCUGCACUUGUCCAAGCCACAGUGGCCCACCUCUGGAAAGGCUGCCCCAAGACUCUCUGCUUCUGCCAGGGCUGGGCCUGCAGUGGUCGGGGUCUGCGAGCCCCCUUCACCAGGGCCAGCAGCCACUGCCAUGGAAGUUGGGACUAGAAGAGGCAGGCACCACUAAAGGUGGCUCUCCACUAAAACCGAAACAGAAUUUGGCCCCAUUCGCAAAUUCAAAUCCGGAAUCUUGAUUUUUGUGAAUUUUUCUAAUUCUGAUCUUAAAAUUUGAAUGCAGGGGAAAAAACCACACCUGCUGGCACAAUGUAAGGCAGUGAAAUGAAGCAUUUCUUUGCCAGAUUCUAUACUAAUCUCACUCAUUCUGUUUCUAAUCUCACUAAAUCCAAAUAUACUGGCAAAUAAGAUUGAAUGAGGAGAAUAUAAAUCCAGCACUGUGCAACAGUUGAGGACAUUCCCCGGGCUGCUUUGGAACGGGUGCAGCUGAGCUCCUCAGGGCUCUCCCCAGCACAUCCAUGCCUGCUCUGCCUCGUUUACAAGAAGCAGCUGCUCUUGAGCCCCUCUCGAUAACAUGAUGGCCCCUUGGACUGAAAAACUGCCCUGUUCUUGGGCAAUGUGCACAUAACCUGUACUGCUAAAUUAGUUCUAGAGUGGGGCCUAGUCCUCAUUGAGGAGGUCAACCUAUGGCUGGGCUGUUCCAUUUUAGACUGCAGGUGGGGGCUCAUGUUGGAAUGCUCCUCCUUGCAAAAGCAUUUCUUGAAGACAGAAAACUAGCUAGGCUAGACCCCUUCCCCCUCACAUGGCAGUUUUCUAUCUGCAAGCACAUUCCCUCAUAGGAACAGCGGAAGCUGCCUUCUACCGAGUCAGAGCAUCGGUCCAUCUAGCUCAGCAUUGUCUACCCAGACUGGUAGCAGCUUCUCCAAGGUUGCAGGCAGAAGUCUCUCUCAGCCCCAUCUCGAAGAUGCUGCCAAGCACUCUUCUGCAUGCAAGCAGGCAGGUGCUCUUCCUAGAGCGGCCCCAUCCCCCAAGGGGAAUCUCUUACAGGGCUCACACAUGUAGUCUCCCAUUCCAAUGCUUAGCAAAGGAGGCAAUAAAUAGUUGCUCCCACAAGGCCAGCUCUUCUCAUCAUGUGGCAGCCCAUAUCACAGGCUGACCUUCACCCUGAGAACUCGGCCACAUACUGUGCUCAUGGUUCACACCCUUUAGAACUCAUCCAUGCCAUGAUGAAGCUCGUUCCUCUGUAGGACUGAGCUCAUACACUAGAUCAUUUGGCCCAUAUAAGGAGCCUCGGCUGUCAAAGAAUGCAAGCAAAUUUGUGGCUCAGGUGAUCGUGGAUCCUGGGCAGAUUCACACACACACACACCCAUUUGAAAGUUGGAGACUGUGGCAGGAAGUAGGGUCUUGUGUGGUGGGCCCUCGCAGAUUUGGCCUGGGGUGCCCAACUUUGGGUCCCCAGAUGUUGCUGGACUACAACUCCUGGUGUGGCCAAACACCAUUUUGACUGGGGAUGAUGGGAAUUGAAUCCAACAACAUCUGGGAACCCCAGGUUGGGACUCUCUAGAUUUGAUCCAAGUUGGGAAUCCCUGGAAGAACAUAAGAAGAGCCUUGCUAGAUCAAGCUCAAGGCCCAUCUAGUCCAGCAUCCUCUUUCUCCCAGUGGCCCGCAAGGUGCCUCUAGGAAGCCCACAGGCAAGAGCUGAGGUCAGGCCCCCGCUCUCCUGCUGCUGCUCCCCUGCAACUGGCAUUCAGAAGCAUCCUGCCUCUGAACCUGGAGGUAGCCUAUAGCCAUGGAUAGCCCUGACCUCCAUGAAUUCAACAAAGCCCCUUUUAAAGCCACCCAAACUGUGUGCGUUCACCACAUCCCAUGGUAGAGAGUCCCAUAAGUGAAUUGUACACUGUGUGAAAAUGUACUCCCUUUCACUGGCCCUAAAUCUCCUAGCCUUCCGUUUCAUGGGAUGACCCCUGGUUUGAGUGCUGUGUGACAGGGAGAACUCUCUGCACCAGGGCUAAGGGUAGACGCCUCUCUUAUGUCUCCCCUCUAUGGCAUCUCACGCAAAACCUCACAUCACCACCAGCUAGUCAGCUCAGUCAAUGCACACAUUCAUCUAUGAGACACCGAAAAAUCCUGAGGUGCCCUACAAAUGACCAAGAGCCUACACAGAGCCUCUGUGUUGCUGGUAUUAUAGCAGGCCUCUGGUGUCCCCAAAAUGGGCUUCCCCCGGCCCUGGGGGAAGGGAUCGAAGCAAGGGUGUCUGCCAAGCCCAACACUGGGCGCUCCCCUUCCCAAGAUCUGAAGCUGCCUGGCCCUGAGUCAGAAGGCUGGUGCCUCCCACUCGGUUCUGUCCAAGCUCUCAGGCGGAGCGAGCAGAGCUAGAUGUAACAGGAGGUGUGGGGCAGUUCUAGAGUAUGGCAGCACCCUGUCAAGUUCUCCCCGAAUCCCCGGGAUUGUGUGACAUGGAGGCUCUACACACAAUCCGUGUGUAGAGCCUGGGAGGGUUCUGCAGGGUGCAGCCCUGGGUGGCCGGAUCGGCUGCCCACACGACUGCUGGCUCCAUCAGAGAGCCAGUGGGAGCUGUGGGGAUCCCUGGAAGCCCCAGGAUGCCCCACCCAAGUGUGUGGGGCAUCCCAGGGGGACCCCCAAUACCAGGAGGCUGCUUGUCGCCUCGAGGUCAGGGGUCUAAUUGUGUGUUGCUACAUGCCGCAGCUGCACUCAAGCAGGAGAACCAGAUUGACGCAGCACCCACUAACCCGUUAACCUCAUUUAAGGGGAGGGUGUUUUAGGCGAGCUAGCCACUUUGGGAGCACCAGGCUCGCCCCCAAGCCUGGCAGUUCCCACGAUCCCUGGAAAGUGGGCUAAGCUCCCUUCGCCUGCUCUCCGGUGAUCGUAGGGAUAGCCUCAUGGUGUUGUUAUGCUGUGAGUUCUCUUGGGCCCAAUCUGCAUCCCAAACUAUACCUUCCAGGACGGUCUCUCUGCUGCCAUGCAAAAUGUGGGGGUGGGGGGAGAUUAGUUUGCAUAGAUGCUCCUUGAAGUCUGAGAGAAGAAGCUCAUCCGGCCAGUUCUUGCCAUUUGGGCAACAGGAACCCAACGAGUGGGGUAUGGACCUGGACCUUGUGGGUGGAGAUAGGCGCAUGGGUGGGUGGGUGUGCUGGGAAGGUAUGGCUGCUGGUGGCCACCAGCCAAACCUGUGGGCCACUGCUGCCUAUGCGGACAUAUAUAGCGGCACAUUGCUAAUCAGGAUUGUAAUGACCCACGUUCUUGGAAUACUCCAAUGGAAACAGCAUUUAAUUUAAUUUAAUGGAUAAUAUGGAUAAUUUAACUUGAUGCGUUGUAUGUGGUUGUUUAUUAUGUUUUCCUUGCUUUUGUGAUUUUCCUUGUUAAAAAUGAAGAGCUCUAAUGAUGUGUCAGUCAGUUCUGCUCAGGGCACAAUUGACCAUGAAUUUCUCGCCUUCCAUUGAAACGAACGAGCCCAGAGUGCUCAGGAGCAGCUCCCAUUCAUGUCAAUGGGGCACGUGCAGAAG